AUGGCUGAGGAGUUUCAAGCUAGGAUUUGUGGUGAAAACUGGUGGAAUGGUACCAUUGAUUCAGCCAGAAGUGUAUUCCCUUUAAGCUCAUCGUCGAUUUCUCCUUCUCCUUGUUCCGUGGCGGCUAGUCAAGAUGCAGGAGUCUAUAGCACCCGGCAAGCAGACUUGAAGGCAACCAAGUGUUGUACUGAAGAGACAGACAGCUUGGUUUCUGACACUUACCUGGGCUUUGUUGAUGCACAGAAGCCACACAAGAGUGAAUCAGCCAGUGAAAGUGGUGUCAUGUUGACCGAUUCGACCUUACAGAUGAUGGGUUUUGGCCUCACAUCUUCAACAUCAGAGAAUUGGAAUCAACCUCUAUUAUUGGAACUUGAUCUUAUCAAAGCAUAUAUGGAGUAUACUAUAGCUCUUAACUGUUUCUUCCUAUUGGAUUCUCCUAACCAAGACCAUAUAUUUUGUCUUUUUUUUUUAUCCUAUAGUCGAUGUAGUGGAAGGUCAGAGAGCAAUUUUCAUUCCGUGCUUCAGGAAGAAACGGGAAUAGAUUCUUCUAAUUCACAAAUCCAUAGGGAUUGGAUCCCAAAGAGCUUCUCCUCUGGUGGCGGAGGAGACCAAAUUGAUAAUUUCAAGCCAUUGAACCAAGAAUUUUCACUAGAUCACCAGAGUCCAAGUUCUUUAACUGGGUUAUCAUCAAAUCGUGAUUUCUCGAUUGGAUCAGACUCAUAUGGUAACCCUUCAACGAUACAAAGCUUAUAUGACCCUGAUCCUCGUCCACAAUUACCACAGCACUCACUUUUCACCAACCGUCCCAUGUCCUAUUCAUCAAAGGCAAGUUAUGGGACACCCUGCACUGAACUAACGCCAUCAUGGUCUAAAGUCUCUACCUUUUUGAAGCCCACAACAAUUGCAAAGCAACAACCUGUUGGAAUUCACUUUUCUAACAACACCCCUUUCUGGAAUGCUUCCGCCGACGCACUUAACGACAUAAGAGUAGGUACCUUUGCUUCAUCACAAUCACAAUACCAAACGCCAACCUUUGUUCAAGAGAAACCCAAUAGCCCAAUUACUCUAUUAAACAAGAUCAACAGUGAAGAAACUCUAGAUUCAGCAACAAUGGCGAAGAAAAAUGUUUGUGAACCAGCAUUAAAGAGGCCAAGAAUUGAAACUCCAUCCCCAUUACCAACUUUUAAGGUUCGGAAAGAGAAGCUAGGGGACCGGGUCACUGCUCUUCAGCAAUUGGUUUCACCUUUCGGAAAGACCGACACCGCAUCCGUUCUUCACGAAGCCAUCGAGUACAUUAAGUUCCUUCAUGAUCAAGUCAAUGUUUUGAGCACCUCAUAUAUGAAAAAUGGAGCUCCCAUUCAACCGAAGCAGGGCUGCGAUGAUCUGAAAAGCUCAGAAGGACCACAGCAAGAUUUAAAAAGCCGAGGACUGUGUUUGGUACCGAUUUCAAGCACAUUUCCAGUGGCAACAGAAACCACUAGUAGUGCUGAAUUGUGGACGCCUACAUUCAGGGGCGCACUCUUGAGAUAG